AUGCAAUGCGCGGUCGCCACCGCUGUGCGACGGACCAGACAUCUUACUUCAUGCUUAAACUUUCCAUCACGAAUUUCUUUUCUCUCCGUCCAUCAGCAACACCGCCUCGAACCUCGAAGAUUCGUCCACGAAUAUAUACCUCGACGCUCUGACGCGCAAAAAGCAACCAUAUAUGCCCUGUCUACUCCUCCGGGGAAAGCCGGCAUCGCUGUGGUACGCGUUUCUGGGCCAGACGCACUGCAAGUCUGGGAGAAUGUCGUUCAGCGCUCUUCGCAUUCUAACGUAGAGCCCUGGCGAAUGGAGCGCUGCAGAAUCGUGCACCCAGUCACCAAGAAUAUGCUCGAUGAUGGGCUCGCCGUGUAUUUCAAAGCCCCGAAAUCUUUCACAACGGAGGAUGUUCUUGAGCUUCAUAUCCAUUCUGGGCGAGCGGUUAUUGCGUCUGUGCUAGAUGCUCUGUCUCAUCUGCCGUACUGUCGGCCUGCGGAGCCAGGCGAAUUUACAAAACGAGCGUUCCUUGGUGGACGACUAGAUCUUGCUCAAGUAGAAGGCCUUAAAGACCUAAUAGAUGCUGAAACAGAGAGUCAAAGGCGACUAGCACUUGAAGCGGCCGGGGGCGCCACUAGUGCUCGCUUCGAAGAACUGAGGACUGGAAUCAUCCGCUGUCUAGCCAAAAUCGAAGCGCUUAUCGACUUUAGCGAAGGUGAAAAUCUCGAAGAGGGUGUCUAUGAUGACGCCCGAAACAAUGCUACCAAGUUGCUGACCACGAUUCGAUCGUAUUUAAGUGAUAAUAGACGCGGAGAAAUCAUGCGAAGUGGGGUUCGACUGACAAUCUUUGGGCCGCCAAACGCAGGCAAGAGUAGUUUGCUCAACUUCCUUGCCCGGCGAGAAGCAGCCAUUGUAACCCCAGUUCCUGGAACUACUCGAGACAUCCUCGAGUUAUCGCUGGAUAUUGGAGGCAUUCCGGUCAUUAUUUCGGAUACUGCAGGCCUCAGAGCGACAGACGACUUAGUCGAACAGAUUGGUGUCGAGCGUGCCCGCAAAGCAAUCCAGGCAGCAGACAUUGCAUUAUGUGUCGUCUCCUGCGAAGAUUUGGGUGCUUCCUCCGAGUUGCCAAGUUCUGUGAGGGAACUUGUGACGAAGGACACCUUCAUGGUGUUUAAUAAAAUGGACUUGCUCAAGAAGGACUCUUUCAGCGUCGAACAUCCAUACCGUUGGAUGACAAGUCUGAAAACGGGCCAGGGCACGACGGAAUUUCUUGCAGGCUUUGCCGAAUCUCUCCGUUCCAAAUAUGAUCUCGACCAGGAUGGCUCCUCGUCUGAAGCGCCGUUGAUCACCCACGCAAGACACCGCAUUCACCUUGAGUCGGCCGCAGGGUUUAUCGAGGCAUUUUUGGAAACAACGGCAGACGAGGUUGUUUUCGGUGCGGAAGAGCUUCGAUAUGCAGCGCAAGCUGUAGGCAAGGUUUCGGGACGCAUAGAUAUUGAAGAUAUACUGGAUUCUAUUUUCAGGGACUUUUGUAUAGGUAAAUAG